AUGCCUGAUUCCAGCGAUAACGAGCCGCCACCACCCGCUGGUAGGCGAAGAGCGCCUACCAUCACAAUCGACACCACUGCUGUCAGUCCCGCCGCCAGUGUCGCCGACAUGACCCAAGAUCAAGACAGCCAACCCGCCCAAAAUGUCACCUCACCAGCCAACGAUGAUACCACCUCUCCGACCACUUUGGCUGGCGAGCCCGUCCCUUCUUUCACACACCACGUCGGGCGUCCCGAUCUCCGUACCGAUACCUCAUUUGACAGAGAUAUUCGGCCUACCAGCCCGCACAAUGUUUCUAGCCCCGUCCUCGGGUUCGGUGAGCGAGGCGCUGGCUUCCUCUCCGUUCCUUCUGGCGAUGCUCGUCCCCGCCAAAACUCUCUUGAAUCUGAAGACGCCACCAGAUCAAUACAUUCAUAUGGCGAAACAACGGUAGUCGCUUCCAAUUCGACCCAGACUGACAAGUACAAGUCCUCAUCGCUGAGCAACGAGAAGAUCAUGAAGGAUGAUACCGCCUUGAAACCCGACGUCGGUACCGAAGAGGAUUUUGAAGUCGACAACAAUCCUUUUGCCUUUACCCCCGGCCAGCUAAACAAAAUGUUCAACCCAAAGAGCCUCACGGCCUUUUAUCAGCUCGGCGGCCUCGGUGGCCUCGAAAAGGGCCUUCGCACCGAUCGCAAGUCCGGCCUCAACCCGGAUGAGAGCCAUUUAUCCGGCCAUGUCUCCUUUGAAGAAGCCACCGCCACUGGCAAAAAUGUUAAGGCCUACACCGAGAGCUCUGACACAGUAUCGCCGGUCGUAGAGCGAACCGACACGCGCGCCAGCAAAGCCAGCAAGGCCGACAACUCUUUUGCUGAUCGUUAUCGUGUGUUUCGCGACAACCGCCUCCCUGUGAAAAAGGGUAAAUCGCUUCUCGAACUCAUGUGGAUCACCUACAACGACAAGGUGCUGAUUCUGCUUUCCGUCGCCGCCGUCAUAUCUCUUGGUGUUGGUCUCUACCAGACCUUUGGCCAGGAGCACGAACCUGGUGAGGCGAAUGUUGAAUGGGUCGAGGGCGUUGCCAUUGUCGUUGCUAUUGCUAUUGUUGUCAUCGUUGGCUCUCUCAAUGAUUACUCCAAGGAACGUCAGUUUGCCAAGUUAAACAAGAAGAAGCAAGAUCGUCUCAUCAAGGUGGUACGCGCGGGAAAAACCACUGAAAUUUCGGUCUUUGAUGUCAUGGCUGGUGAAGUCAUUCACCUUGAGCCGGGCGAUCUCGUUCCUGUGGAUGGUGUCUUGAUCGAGGGCUUCAAUGUCAAGUGUGACGAAUCUCAGACGACUGGUGAAUCCGAUAUCAUCAAAAAGCGCUCCGGUGAUGAAGUUUACAAUGCCAUCCAAGGUCACGAAAGCCUGAAGAAGAUGGAUCCAUUUAUCCAAUCGGGCGCUCGCAUUAUGGAGGGUGUGGGAACGUACAUGGCUACCUCUACCGGAAUUUACUCUUCCUACGGCAAGACUCUCAUGGCUCUCAAUGAAGACCCUGAGAUGACUCCAUUGCAAGCCAAGCUCAACGUCAUCGCUACCUACAUCGCCAAACUUGGUGGUGCUGCUGGUCUUCUCCUGUUCAUUGUUCUAUUCAUCCAGUUCCUUGUCCGCCUACCCCAUCUCCCACCUCAGGUCACUCCCGCCCAGAAAGGACAAUCGUUCCUCGAAAUCUUCAUUGUCGUCGUUACUAUCAUCGUCGUUGCCGUACCCGAAGGUCUUCCGCUGGCUGUCACUUUAGCACUUGCUUUUGCCACAACCCGCAUGUUGAAGGAUGCCAACCUCGUUCGGCAUCUGAAGGCAUGCGAGGUCAUGGGAAACGCCACCACCAUUUGCUCCGACAAGACUGGCACCUUGACGCAAAAUAAGAUGCAGAUUGUUUCUGGAACGAUUGGUACCACCAGCCACUUCGGUGGAGCCAAACGGCGCGACAGCAAUCCCGAUUCGCCUGUCGAGGGAUUCCAGGACUCCAGCGCCGAGACCACCCCUGCUAAGUUUGUUGGUCAGCUCAGCGAACCCGUCAAAGACCUGCUACUCAAGUCUGUUGCCCUUAACUCAACGGCCUUUGAAGGUGAAGUCGAGGGUGAAAAGACUUUUAUCGGCUCCAAGACCGAAUCGGCUCUCCUGCUCUUUGCUAGAGACUUUUUAGGCAUGGGCCCUGUUGCUGAAGUUCGUGCAAGUGCGACCACCGUGCAGAUGAUUCCCUUUGACUCGGGCCGCAAAUGCAUGGGCAUCGUUGUCAAGCUUUCAAAUGACAAGUUCAGACUUUAUGUGAAGGGUGCCUCAGAGAUCCUCUUGGCUCAGUGCAGGACUACCCUACGCGACCCGGCCACGGAUGACUCAGUCACACCAAUGACUAGAAGCAACAUUCAAACCAUCAGUCGCGUCAUUGAAAGCUACGCCAACAGGUCUCUUCGCACUAUCGGCCUCUGCUAUCGCGACUUUGAUGCCUGGCCCCCGAGAGGUGCUCGCCGCGGUGACAGCAAUGAGAUAAGCUUUGAAGACAUGUUUGCGGACAUGACCUUGCUUGGUAUUGUCGGCAUCCAAGACCCUCUUCGUGAAGGCGUUUAUGAGGCCGUCAAGCAGUGUCAACACGCUGGCGUUGUGGUCCGCAUGGUCACUGGUGAUAACAAGCUGACUGCUCAAGCUAUUGCCAAGGAGUGCGGUAUUCUUCAGCCCAACAGCUUGGUGAUGGAGGGGCCGGACUUCCGCAACCUGAGCCGCAUGCAGCAAGCCGAAAUCAUUCCCAAACUCCAUGUCUUGGCUAGGUCUAGCCCUGAAGAUAAGCGAAUUCUUGUCAAGCGUCUCAAGGAAAAGGGCGAAACUGUCGCUGUCACUGGUGACGGUACCAACGACGCACCUGCUCUCAAAACUGCCGAUGUGGGUUUCUCCAUGGGCAUUGCAGGAACUGAAGUUGCUAAAGAGGCCUCUGCAAUUAUCCUCAUGGACGAUAACUUUACUAGCAUUGUCAAGGCCCUCAAAUGGGGUCGUGCAGUUAAUGAUGCAGUGAAGCGCUUCUUGCAGUUUCAGCUGACGGUCAACAUCACUGCUGUCGUCCUCACCUUUGUCUCGGCCGUCUCAAGCCCCGAAGGAAAGUCUGUCCUGAGCGCUGUGCAACUGCUAUGGGUCAAUCUCAUCAUGGACACGCUUGCGGCGCUCGCUUUGGCCACUGAUCCACCCCAGGACAGCGUCCUCGACCGCAAACCUGAGCGAAAGGGCUCAUCCAUCAUAUCUCCUACCAUGUGGAAGAUGAUCAUUGGGCAGGCCAUCUACCAGCUUGUCAUCACCUUUGUGCUGUACUAUGGAAGCCCGAAGGGCAUUCUUCCGCUGCCUGGCCCGGUUGAUAUCCCUCCGCCGGACCAGCAGGCGACUCUUGUAUUCAACACCUUCGUAUGGAUGCAAAUAUUCAAUCAGUGGAACAACCGCCGCCUAGAUAACAACUUCAACAUCUUCGAGGGCCUGACCAAGAAUUGGUUCUUCAUUGCCAUCAGCGCCAUCAUGUGUGGUGGUCAAGUCCUCAUCAUCUUUGUUGGCGGUGCUGCGUUCCAGAUUGCCAACUACCAGUCGCCUACCAUGUGGGCUAUUGCGAUUGUUCUCGGCUCUCUCUCCAUCCCCGUCGGCAUCAUCAUCCGUCUGAUACCCGACUCGCUGAUUGUGGCUCUGGUUCCGAAUUUCCUGAAGAAUCGCUCCAGCAAGAUUCCCGGCGUGACCAUUUCCGACGAAGAUAUGGGCAGGUAUCCGGAGCCUCUGCAGGAUGUCUAUGCUGAUCUCAGUUUUAUUCGUCGCGUGAAGGGUGGCCGCCUGAACACCCUCACGUUCGCCAUGCAACACCCCAGGGAGAUGAUCAACCGCUCUCGUAGCCCGUCACACUCGCGCUCCAAUUCGGUGAACGCCACGCAGACGUCUGUCGGCGCGCCUGUCGUCGCGGUGGGUGUCCUGGCUGCUGGUAUUGGUGCAGCAUGGCAGCCUAUGGAAAGACGAUCGGUUGACGAGCGAGAGGAGACUGGAAACAAUGCGAAUAAUGAAUAA